UCACCCGUUGGAGUGCAACGUUCUUCCGUUAAAAAUUAGAGGCAGUCGCGAUCCUGAAGUUGGCGUUAGCUGUUGUUUCUGUUUUUAAAAAGUUUCAAAAGCCAUGACUGGAAGGGACGCAGUUGUGCGAAAAAUGUACGUUGAGAUUUGUUGUGUACCUCCGGUGUAAUUUGUGAAUAAUAACUUUAUCUUGUAAAUAGACUAAUUGUUACGUUUUUAUAAUGUCUUCCUGGUCUACCGCGGUUCUGGAAUGGGUAAACUGUCUGGACAUAUUGGAUGUAAAUGUAAAUAGUUUGCAGGAGUUAGAGGAUGGAAAAUUUUAUUCAAAACUCGUUAAAAUUUUAUCGCCAAAAGAACUUGAUGAUGACCUCGAUGAUGACAAUAUUGUAUCCAGAUUUGUACAAGAUACGUAUCCUAUAUUUUUCAAGGAGAGCAUGGAUAGACAGAGCAUUUAUGAAGAUGUUCAUUUGGCCUCACUUCUCCUGCUACAUUCCUCUGGAGAACCCAAGCUUCACAGACCGAUGUGUAUCAAGCUGAGUCAAGACACCCAACUUAAAAUUAAAUCAUUUUUGGAGAGAGUAUUAGAGUAUGGAAGCAGUGUUUCAAAACAAAAUAUAGAUGUUGCUAUUGCAGAAAUAUCUGAUAACGUUAUAAAGACGCCACCAAUGACCCCUAAAAUGCGACCAUUGAAGGAAUUUCUGAAUUCUCCAGCAACAACAGUACGAAAAAAUUUUAAUAGACUAUUAGACGAACGGACGAGAGAAUUGCGAAGGCUAAAAGCUGAAUUAGAAACAGAGAGAUUUGAGAAAGCAGAUCUACAAGAAGACCUCCAGAUUCAACGGGAAAAAAUAAAUAGCCUACAUCUGAGAUUACAGGAAAAGACCGCAGACAUACAGAGAAUGAAAGAAGACACAAUGAGAUUUGAAACUCCACAAUCUUCAAAGAAAAAAAAAGAUAAUAAAACUCCCAAGCGUUUAAGUUUAAAGAGUCAAGCUCUUAUGGACGAAAUAGAGACGUUGAAAUGUGAAAUUACAGAAUUACAAGAGGAAAAACAAUUCUUAGCUAGGAAAUUGACUUCCGCUGACAGACAUUGUAAUACACUUAAAGAAAAAGCGAACAUGCACGAAAGAAAUUUGGAAACUCUAUUGAUUGAAAUGAAUUCCAAAGAUCAAGAACUGGUAGAAUUCAAAAAUCAUAUUGAAGAACUCCGCAGUCACAUUCAAGAAUUGAGUAAGGAAAAGAUUUCAGAACAAAGCUUUGAAAUGGACAUGAAUGAAAUUUCGGUAUCCCAAACAUCAUUAAAUCAGAGUGAAGUUCUAAGUUCUGUAAUUGACAUUCAAUUGCAAGAAGCUAAAGAAGAAACUAAAGCCUGCAAACUUCAACUGCAUGAAUUACAAAAUAAAUUAGAAUACACUAAUCAAGAAAACGUGAACUACAAACAAACGAAUAACAGCUUACAGGCUGAAAUAAACCGUUUACAACGUUCUGAGAAAAAAUUGUUGCAAGAAGCUAAAAAAUUUGAAACAUUAUUUUUAUCAAAAGAAGAACUCUUCAAAGACUCUGAGAAGCGUAAUGCUAAUUUGACUGCUGCCUUGCACGAUUUAGAAGAAAAAAUAAAAGUGGCUCACAACUUGCUGAAUAAAGAAAAAGACAAGGUGGAAAAUUUAGAAAGACUAGCAGCUGAGAGACAGGAAUUUCAUACGAGUGAAAUGUUAAAAUACCAGAAACUUCAAGAAAAGUAUAUUAUAUUAGAGGACGAAGGAAUGAAUUUACUGACCAAAAAUAAAGAACUCGAAUAUUUGAAGAAUCUCAAGGAAAAUUCUUUGAAGGAAGCUCUACAACGUACGGAAACACUUGAGUUAGAUGUACACAAUUUGAAAAAUGAAAUGGUAACUGUAACAAAAUUUUUAACGUCAGAAAAACUCCUAGUGAAGGAAUUGGAAUCUAAAGUAGUUCAAAUAAAUUUAGAACAUCAAAAAGCACUUGCUGAUAAAUUGGUAAAGCAUCGAGAGCUAGAAAAACAGUUCGUAAAUGAAAAGCAAGAAAAAUCGAGUCUAUUGCACGAGAAUGAGAAUCUAAAGAAGAAGCUCGUAGAAUUAGAGGAAUCAUUGAACCAGUCUCAGCAGAAAAAUGACAGCCUGGAAGCAGAUUUGCAAAAUUCAGCUGACAAAAUUCAAAGGGCACAGGAUUCUGUUGCGGAAUGUAGUACAAGAGUUCAGGAUUUAGAGUCUACGCUAAAUCGUAUGAGAUUAGAACAUGCAGAAAAUAUUAGGGAGCAAUUACUAAACUACAGCAACCUUGAGGAAAAAUUUGUAAAUUUGGAAGAAGAAAAGUUAAAACUAUCGAGAGAAAAUGACAGCCUAGUUCAACAACUUACAGCAAAAAAAAACCUAUUAAUACAGUCUCAACAAACGAAUGUGAAUCUGGAGACAAAUAUGCAAAACCUGAACGGUAAGCUGCAAAGUCUUCGGGAUAGUUUUGAUGUACAGAGAACUAGAAUUAAAGGUUUGGAAUCCAAAAUAAGUCAAAUGAAAUUAACUCAUGACAGCAUGCUCAAGGGGCAACUGUCAAGGAAUAAAAGUCUUGAUGAGGAACGUAAGAAUUUACAGCAAGAAAAUAGAGAUCUAUUGGAAGAAACUGAAAAUCUCAAACAAACAAUCACAUCAAACGGAGAUCGAUUAAUGCAGUCUCAACAAAUGAACGAAAAAUUAUUAUCCGAUAUAAAAGUUGUUAACAACAAACUUGGAGCGUUGCAAGAUUCACUGAACGAUGAAAGAGAGUGUACCAAGAAUUUAGAAUUGACGAUCACUUGUUUAACCCAAGAGAAAGAGGAAACCUACAAGGAGCAGUUACAAAGAUUCGAAGACCUGACAGCAAAGCAUGUGAAUUUAGAACGAGAAAAAUUACAGUUAUUGGAAAAAAAUAAAGACCUAGACAAAAAAAUUGCAGCAACUGAAAUUCUUUUGCAGCAGUCUCAACAAGCGAAUGAAGACUUGAAAUUAAACUUACAAGACCUUAAUAGCAAGGUACAAAGACUUCAAGAUUUUUUAGCUACACAGAGAUCUGGGAUUGAUGACUUGGAAUCUAAAAUGAUUCAAGCACAGUCGGAGUAUGAUGCCGUGGUCAAAGAGCAUGUAUUGAAGAAUGAAAAUCUUCAGAAAGAGUAUACAGCUUUACAAAAAGAAAAUACGAGGCUGUUGCAAGAGGUUGAGAAUAUGAAUCGGUCUAUCACGUUAAAUGAAGAUCUGUUAGCGGAAUCUCAUCAAGUGAGAGAAAAUUUAUUGUCAGAUCUACAAGAUCGUGAUAACAGACUCGACAAACUGCAAAAACUAUUGAAUGAUGAAAGAGAUAUCACCAAAAAUUUAGAACUAACAAUUGCACAACUGAGGCGAGAGAAAGAUGAAACCUUCAAAGAUCAAUUACAGAGGUACGAAAACUUGACAAACAAGCAUGCGAAUUCGGAACAAGAAAAGAUCGACCUGUCGCAUGAGAUUAAAAAUCUACGCCAAAGAAUUGCAUCAAAGGCAGAAUUAUUAAAGAACUCCCAGGAGAAGGUGGCAAUCUUGGCUUUAGACUUGGAGACUAUUCAAAAUUCACUGGCUGAAGAGAUAUCCAGGAGCAAUGAUUUAGAGUCGACAAUAAUUCGACUGAAAUCAGAGCAAAGAGAAAGUCUUAAACAGCAAUCGUCAAAAUAUGAAGAUCUUGAAAAAGAGUAUUCAAAUCUCCAACAGGAAAAAUCAACUCUAUCGAUACAAAUCAAAGAUCUGAAUCAGAAAAUUGCAUUCAACGAAGAUUUAUUGAAGCAGUCUCAGCAAGAUAGUGCUGAUUUAUUAUCCGACGUAAGAGACCUGAAUAAUGAAAUUCAAAGCUUACGGGAUGCUCUGAAUACAGAGAGAGCACAAUGCAAGGAAUUAGAAGCUUCUGUAAUUGAUUUGAAGCGAGACAAAGAAGAAUUUCUCGAGAAACAUCUCUUGAAUUAUCAGGGUCUUGAAGAAAAGCAAGUCAUUUUAGAACAAGAAAAGUUGAGGGAUGUUGAACGUUUUGAAAAUUUAUUGACAGUACAAAAGGAACUAUUAGUAGAGUCACAAAAACGUAAUGCAACACUUGAAGUGGAUUUAAUCAAUGUGAAAAAACAAAUGAAAACUAUCCAGGAUGAAUUAACCAAUGCAACAACAAUGGUUAAGGAUUUGGAAUUUUCACUGUGCCAAACGAAAUCGUUGACUACCAGGAUUAUUGAAACACACAUAUCAGAAAACAAGAUUCUCCAAGACACGAAUAAUAAUUGUAAUGCUGAGAUAACUUUGCUCAAAACACAGAUUCAAAAUUCGUGUGAAGUUGAAGAGAAACUCAAUCAACACAUCAAAGAAUUGAAUGAAAAAAAUUUAAGCUUACUAGAGGAAAUCAAGAAGCUUAAAACAGAAGCUUCUUCAAAGGAAGAAUUAUUAGAAAAAACUCAAAAGCAUGUUGAACGACUUCAAUCAAAGUCGCAUGAUCUAGAUGAGAAGAUGAAGUCGAUUCAAGAUACGUUAUGUGCCAAAAGCUUCAGAGUGGACGCUUUAGAAGGCCUAUUAGCGGAGACAGAGUCCAACAGAAAAGAAAGCCUCCUUAUUGUUCAGAAAUUGGAAUUGGAAAAUAUUGAACACAAAAAUCUAAUGCAAAGCUGCAAGACGAUUUUACUAGAAUUAGUAAAUCGGUGCGGUUAUUUAACUGGCAUUGAAGUGCUGAAGAUUGAUAAUUCAACGAUAUUAGAUCUAGCGAGGCAGCUUCAAACGUUUACCGAUUCCUUGGAACUAAUAUUCCAUUCUAAGAAUACUGAUUUACAGAAAUUCGAAGCAACUAUUUCAACCCUCAAUUCUAAUGUGUCCAAAUUGAAAUCUGACUUAGUAAAUUUUGAGGAAUCACAAUUCAAAGAUAAGCGAAUAAUCUCAGAACAUUUGAAAGAGCUGUCUAGUUUACAAUUAGUUGUGAAAGAAAAGGAAACUCUGCUCUAUGAUAUGGAAAAGCUGCAAAUGCAAUUAUCUGAGGAAAAGACGAAAGUUAAUCUAUUGAAUGAAGAAAAAAAGUUGUUUGUUAAUAACUUGCAGUGUGUUAAUCAAUCAUUAGCUUUAUUAAAAAAGGAAAAAUUGAUCCUGGAAGAGAAUAUACAGACACAAAACCAAAAUCUUCGGAGUAACAUAGCGAGCCUUUCAGACAUUAUUGUGAAACUGCAGGUACAGAUUCAAAAAGAAAACCAAUCCAUAUUGGAACUUUGUGAAGAGAAAACUACAAUGGCUUCUAAGUACGAUGGAGAAAAAAAGACGAGGACGGAUUUAGAAACAAAAUGUGAAUUAUUAGAAACAGAAAACAGAAAUCAAGUCAGAGAGAAAAAAGAACUCAAAGAGACUUUGAAUAUCAUACGUGUGAGGAAUGCAAAGCUUGAGAAAAAUCUGGAUGAACUGAGGAAAGAGAAUAAGAAGCUAGAAUCCGAAAAGUUGUCUGGAAGCAGCAAAGCUGAAGCAGAAAAAUUGGAGGCUAUCAUCUCCAAAUUGCAACUUGAAAAAGCAGAACUCGAAGCAGAAAAGAAAAAACUAUCUGAACGGCCCACUGAAAAAGACUUUGAUACUCGAUUGAAAGAAGUACACAUUGAAUAUGAUCGCAAGUUGGACACAAUCAAACAGAAAAUGAAAACUACGUACAACGAACAAAUAGCAAAAGUCAGCCGUGAUCAAGAGAAAUUAUUGCAUGAAAAACUUAACGCUCAAAAAAUACUAGUAGAAGAACAGUGCCGUAAGCAUGCUGAAGAGAUUACAAAGUACAAAGACCACGUCACUAAAUUGAGUUCUGAAUUCUGGGAUGUUGGUGAGAAAUUGUUGGUAGAAAAACAGCAAAAAGAACAUUUGGCUCAACAGCUACAUGAAUUGAAGAAGCAACUCCAAUACGAAAGAAAUUUUGCUCCGAACAAUGGUAAUUCUCAGGGUGUUCCAAAUACGAGAAGUAAAACAUCAAGCUUAGACCGGCGUGAGUUUGGAAUAGCUACUCGUGAAGAAGGAUCCUGCCGAUUAGUGGAAACAAUCAAAGAAGAAUUUCCAAUUUCUUCAAGACGUGAGAGUAUUCAAAGCGUACAAGCUAUCCAAGGGAUGGGCAAUGCUUUUAAAGUCGAGGACGAAGAGGGGGAAGUCUUCAAUACAAACUACUUGGCUGAUAUGAAAGCAGGUCGCUGUUCCGCUACUUCAGACUUAGAGAGGCUGUCGGUGCUGCAGAUGAGAAACGCUCAGUGUAAACCACACUUGAAAUCAUCGUAUCCAGCAGAGACCCAGUUUCAGCCAGGCACAUUUACUGAAGAAGAUAUUAAGAGUGGUAAUGCCAUGGAGGAUAUCUUCAAUGAUAGCCUAAGCCAGAGUUUGCUUCCUGGCGAAAAGACGAAAAAGCGAGAUAGGACUCAAACUAUGUACAAAAGACCGGGCCCGCCGACUCCCAGUAAAAAUGGGGGCAGGUUAUCUUUGCAGGGCAACGAAUUGAAAAGUCCCAAUUCAAGAGCUCUGAAAGAGCGAAAUGCUGAUCGGCGUGCCACUGCUACUCCCAGACGCCUGAAAGAUAUAUUUGGUGGAGGCAGCUCACGACGUCAAGAUGAAAAUGUUACAGGAACCCCGAAGGGCCGCCGCUUAAGCAGCAUAUUCCGUAAACCGAAAUAAUGUGCCAAAUUACCAUUAAAAAACCAUAAGUAGAAAUAACAAUUAGAAAACAAAAAUUUAUAAAUUCUAGAUUAUUAACGGUUCCUCAUUGCCUUAGAAUUAUUUAGGAAAAAUAAAAAUGUCGAUCA